AUGGAAGACAAGCCCUCGACGUUGAGUUCCUCCCCCACUUCCGCCAAUUACACCACCCCCAAAACAACAAAAGAGCUCGCAAUUGACGGACAAAAACACCUCGAAGAAACAAUUGAAGCCGCUUUCUUAAUCCUCUCCGCCAUGAACGACGAGCUUUGCAAUCCCAAUCUCUGGUCCACCACAACCUCCGCCACCACUACUCAGCCUAACAUCACCGCCGCCGCUGCUGCUAAUACUACUAUUGCUAAUGGCGGGCCUACUAGUAUGAGUAUUGGGCAACACUCGAAUGGUGACGUUCUAUCGGACUCGUCUUCUUCCGCUUCUUCCUCCGCCUCCGCCUCUGCCGCCCAGUCCCAUCACCCUAACUUUGAUAUCGGCGGUGGGGCUCUUGAUGAGGCCCGCCUCCGGUACAAGGCCGCUGUGGCGGCCCUGCGCUCUGUUCUCACUGCCAUUUCGAAUGCUGAAAAGGCAAAGGCGCCUGAAGCUGUUUCAUCAAGCAGUUCUGUAUCUCCUGCAGACCAAACUGAAAUGGAGAAGCUUGAAGAGCAGGCCUUUACCUUAAGAAAGGAGCUCGCAAACAAGAAUAAGCACCUGAAGCUUCUGAUAGACCAGCUUCGAAAUCUUAUAGCUGACAUAUCUACUUGGCAAAGUCCUUGUUCAGUAUGA